AUGAUAGCACCAAUAAGUUUAAUUCGAACACGUGUUGUGCAUUAUCAGAAUUGGAAACUUAUAGCAUCUGAGGCACUACUAGCGCAAAAACGAAACGUACAACCACAGGUUCAUUUUUAUAGGCAAGUUUCAACCGAUAAAAAAGUGGUUUUGGGAUGGACAGAAUGGAGAGGAAUUUUCAACCUAUUUCUUCCAGUUGGGUUGUGCCUUGUUGCCGUGAUGCAAUGGCGGCAUUACCGGAAAAGUUCUGGCGAAACGAUAGCAAAGCCAUGGGAAGUUGAUUGUUACUGUAAAUUACCCUUAAGAACACUUUCAAGGUGCUGGGGAUGGAUUGCUGACACGCAACUUCCGGUGUUUUUAAGAAGCCCAGUGUAUACCCUAUAUUCAAACACUUUUGGUGUAAACAUUUCUGAAGCCCUUAACGAAGAUUUGACGUCAUAUCCUAGUUUGGCAGAUUUUUUUGUUAGGGCUCUUAAAGACGGUGUUAGAACAAUUGACAAAGAAAGUUGCAUGGUGUCGCCUUGUGACGGAACUGUAUUACAUUUUGGAUUGAUUCCUAAUGAUAAAGUAGAACAGGUGAAAGGUAUUACAUAUUCCUUAAAAGAGUUUUUGGGAGAAAACCAAAGCACAAAACCAAAAAAUGCGGACUAUAAGACAUCUUUGUUAAAAAAUUAUAAUGGAACAACAUUGUAUCAAUGUGUUAUUUACCUAGCUCCAGGAGACUAUCAUAGGUUUCAUUCGCCAACAGAGUGGACUCCUAAUACUAGAAGACAUUUUUCUGGGGAUUUACUGUCUGUAAACCCUUCAAUUGUUAAAUGGGUGCCUGGGCUAUUUUGUUUGAACGAGAGAGCUGUUUAUUUGGGAGAAUGGAAACAUGGAUUUUUUUCCUAUACAGCAGUUGGUGCUACUAAUGUAGGCACAGUCAAAGUAUAUUUCGAUAAACAACUUCACACAAACAUAAAAAGAAAAACCAUGCAAUUCAAAGAUAUCUGCUUGGGUAAUUCGAUUAACUUAAAACGAGGUGAUCCAGUAGGCGAGUUUAGAAUGGGAUCCACCAUUGUUUUAAUUUUUGAGGCUCCAUCAAAUUUUAAUUUUUCCGUUAACGCCGGACAACACGUUAAAAUGGGACAAAGUUUGGGAUGCUCGGGGAAAAGGAAAUACGUUGAUAGUGUAGAUAAAUCAAGUACAAAAGUAAAAGAAGUUAAGUAA